AUGAUAGCUUUAUUCUACCCCGACCCCCCAAACACCUGUAGCAACUGCACUCUGAGCUGUGUUGUUCCUUGUGUACAGUAUGGGAAGACCCAGUGGCGUCUCAGUCAGAUAGUUAAAGGUGGAGAUCCCCACGAUUCCGGUUGGAGAAGAUCGGAAAGAUGCAAUUCGUCUUGCUGGGCAUGGUGCGGGAUCCAUUCGUUCCUCUGUUUUGGUUUUGUGGCCACUGGUUUUCAACGCAAUCGUAUUCGUGCCAUUUAUGGCAUUGAUGGGGAUUGCCUCAGCGACUUCUUGCUGGCUUAUCUCUGCCUGCCCUGCGUUACUAUGCAAAACGAUCGGGAGGUUCGAGCGAGA